AUGCCCAAGACUCAGCGGGUGAAGCCCAGGGCCAAUUCCAAUAUACUUCACCAGACGGCACCCCAGUGCAGAUCUCCUACAUCGCCAAUGAAAAUGGCUUUCAACCUCAAGGAGCCCAUUUGCCGGUACCUCCGCCAAUACCCAUCGAGAUACAGAGAGCGCUAG